AUGAGUCCACAACAGCCGAUCCAGCCCGGCCAAUCACAGCAGCAGGGUCUGGCGUCAGGGGGUGGGGUCGGUCCCUCCCACUAUGGAGGGGUCGUUGGAGGGGCCACUGCUGGAGCCCCUCCCCCACCUCGUGCGUCGACGGGACCUGAUUUUGCGUUUCUUGGUGGUGCUACUGCUGCUGCGACUUCGCUCACCGCUGCCACGCCCACAACAAAUCCCUCGACUGCCCAAUUACAUCUGGCCGGCCGACCAAGCAGCCCCUCUUCCACUUUUUCCCGAACUGCCCAACUCUCCCGGCACCUUCAACCCCAACAACAAGCCCGGAGUUACAGCAAUUCGACUCACUCCACGCAGGACAUCAUGGCGUCCCCGUACUCCGUCCGCAAGGUCGCGGCCCCUCACACGCUCGAGCACCGUGUCUACAUCGAGAAGGAUGGCGUGCCGGUCUCGCCCUUCCACGACAUCCCGCUCUAUGCCAACCAGGAGCAGACCAUCCUCAACAUGAUUGUGGAGAUCCCGCGUUGGACCAACGCCAAGCUCGAGAUCUCCAAGGAUGAGCUCCUUAACCCCAUCAAGCAGGACGUCAAGAAGGGCAAGCUCCGCUUUGUCCGCAACUGCUUCCCUCACAAGGGCUACCUGUGGAACUACGGUGCCUUCCCCCAGACCUGGGAGGACCCCAACACCGUCCACCCCGAGACCAAGGCCAAGGGCGACAACGACCCGCUCGACGUGUGCGAGAUCGGCGAGUUGGUCGGCUACACUGGCCAGGUCAAGCAGGUCAAGGUGCUCGGCGUGAUGGCGCUCCUUGAUGAGGAGGAGACCGACUGGAAGGUCAUCGUCAUCGACAUCAACGACCCGUUGGCCUCCAAGCUCAACGACGUCGAGGAUGUCGAGCGCCACCUGCCCGGCCUGCUCCGUGCCACUAACGAGUGGUUCCGCAUCUACAAGAUCCCCGACGGCAAGCCGGAGAACCAGUUCGCCUUCACCGGCGAGUGCAAGAACAAGUCCUACGCCAUGGACGUCGUCCGCGAGUGCGCUGAGGCUUGGGAGAAGCUUAUCACCGGCAAGACUGCCUCGGGUGGUAUUGCUACCACCAACCUAACGGUUGGCCACUCCGGCAACCGCGUCUCGCCCGACCAGCUCCCGCCGCUGCCCCAGAACCAGGAGCUCCCCGCCGCUCCGAUCGACCCCUCCAUCGACAAGUGGUUCUUCAUCAGCGGUGCCUCCGCUUAA